GAUGCAUCCACCAGGGAGGGAUACGAUGACUGGCACGGCACGUUCUUCAGCUCUCUCUCGUUUGAUGUGAUUCAUUUCCGAUCAGCUGAGUUUUCACCUGACGCCAGCUUUUCCAUCUGGGCAUUUCUGGAAGGAAAAUCUCCCUCGCUUCAUCUUUUCAAGGGUGUUUUUUGGAUGGGGAUGAUCUAAUGCUUGGAUUGAUUCGUUGGGUUAUUUGAUUUCUUUCUGGGCAUGCCUGAGGAUUUGCUCUCCCCUAAAUUGGAUUCAAUCUAUGAGGACAACCCAUUCAUUUGGGUCUGGUAGUCCCAAAUCCUUCCAAGCCUACCCUAGAGGGGAUUUUGACCUAGAAUCUGGGAUUCUCAAAAGAAGCAGAAAUCCCAAAAGGCCUCCUUUUCAUCCCAUCAGAAUGAUCAAGUCAUUGGGUAACCGGAUAAAGCACUACUACAAGGUUCACCCGAUUUUGCUAUUCUUGACCUCGUUUUGCACUGCGGUUAUUCUCAUUGUUAUGUUGUCUUCAUUCGAGACCCGGUUUCGGCUGUUGGGUAAAUUCCAGAAACUCAAUGAGAGUGAAGAAAUGUAUCCAUUUUCGACAUUCAAGAAUCUGGUCAUGGUUGCCGGGCAUUCCGUUUAUACGAGCAGUAGCUGUGAGAGUGUGGACAAGGAGAAUGCUUGGUUUCUGGAGUCAUACCAGAAGCAUCCUGGCCAAGCUGAAACUUUUGUCGCGCAUAUACAGAAGGGAGUUGAACUAGCUGCAAGCGAUGGCGCUGCAUUGCUCCUGUUCAGUGGUGGUGAGACAAGAAAAGAGGCCGGGCCCCGAAGUGAGGCACAGAGCUAUUGGGUUGUCGCCGAAUCGAAAGGAUGGUUUGGAAACCAAGAAAGUGUGAGGGGGAGAGCACUCACCGAAGAACAUGCAAGAGAUAGUUUUGAGAACAUUCUUUUUAGCGUUUGCCGGUUCCGUGAACUUACUGGUUCAUAUCCACAUAAUAUAACAGCGGUGGGUUAUGACUUUAAGGCAGAGAGAUUUGUUCAGCUGCACCGCACAGCCAUAGGAUUCCCAGAGAGUAGAUUCUUUUACUCGGGGACCCCAUCCUCGCCGGCUUCAAGAGAGGGGGCUUUGAAAGGUGAGGCUGUGGUGAGAGGUCAGUUUGAGGAUGAUCCUUAUGGGUGUAAAGGCUCACUGUUUCGGAAGAAACUGGGACGCGAUCCAUUUCACCGUUCAAUCCCUUACCCCAAUGGGUGUCCUGAAAUUGAAGGGUUGUUCAGAUACUGUGGUGCAGCUCCCUAUCCAGGUUCCUUGCCUUGGGGCCCUGUAGACAGUUGAUUUUCUUUUCCUUUUUGUUUUUUUAUCAAUUGAAAUGCUUAUGUAUCUCUGGCAGUUCCCUUGCCUUUUGUUUACAAGAAUGUACUCCAUGUUCUGUUAUGUUUUUUUGUCCAUGAUCUAUGUGAUUUCAUUGUAAAAAAACAAAGGUUCUAACACUCA